AGGACAGAUCUGUGCUCCCGGUCUGUGUUUUCAUUUCCACACAGCCCCCUUGGAUCUCUUUUGGAUUAUUUUUUAAUACAGGUUACAGCAAGACAAAAUCAGUUCUUUCUAAAAAUCACUAACUACAAACAUCUGCUCCCCCGCUCCCCAGGCCUUGCACCUGCAGAAAGGAGGAAAUAAAAUCUCUCUGUGUUGUGAAGGAUUUCAGCUUUUGAGACAUCCGUGGGCAGAAGUCUGCGUGUUUCAGAAACCAUCUCAAGAGGAUGAAGCCUAAUAAAGGAAAGCCUUUCACUAGGGAGAGAGACUAUGUUUACAAAUUCAGUGCUGGAAAUGAACAUUUGGUGCUUACUGUGCCUCUCAAAUUCCCCGUGCAAGAGAAUAUCAGUCAUUUGCACGGGCGUCUGAUGGUUCUGCACAACCUGCCAYGCUUUAUAGAAAAUGAUCUGAAGCAAUCUCUAAGCAAAUUUGUAGAAGAGGAAACUAUAAAAGAUUAUGACAGGGAAGCUGAAGCAGCUCUGGAAGCAGUGAAAUCAGGAAAAGUAGACAUCAACCAGCUGGCUGAUACUUGGGCCAAAGCUUACAAAGAGACAACGUUAGAACAUGCCAAACCUGAAGAAACCAGCUGGGAUGAAGAUUUUGCAGAUGUUUAUCAUGAUCUGAUCCAUUCUCCAGCUUCUGAAAUGCUGUUAAACCUGGAACACAAUUAUUUUGUUAGUAUCUCAGAAUUAAUAAGUGAAAGGGACGUGGAACUGAAAAAACUACGGGAAAGGCAAGGAGCUGAAAUGGAUAAAGUGAUGCGGGAGCUUGGGAAAUCACUGACUGACCAGGAUGUGAAUUCCUUAGCAGCUCAGCAUUUUGAGUCUCAGCAGGAUCUGGAGAACAAAUGGACCAAUGAGUUAAAACAGACUACUGCUAUCCAGAAGCAGGAGUAUCAGGAGUGGGUGAUCAAGCUUCAUCAGGAUCUAAAGAAUCCAAACAACAGCUCAGUCAGUGAUGAAAUAAAAGUUCAGCCCAGCCAGCUGAGGGAAUCUGUGGAAGGAAAUGGGAGAAUUUAUGAAGAGCAAAGGCUGUUAGAAGAAAGCUUUACUAUUCACUUAGGAGCUCAGCUGAAGACCAUGCACAACCUGCGGCUGCUGAGAGCUGACAUGCUGGAUUUCUGCAAGCACAAGCGCAACCAGCGCAGCGGGGUGAAGCUCCACAGGCUCCAGACUGCAAUGUCCCUCUACUCAACCUCCCUCUGUGGGAUGGUGUUACUGGUGGAUAACAGGAUCAGCUCCUACAGUGGAAUCAAAAGAGAUUUUGCAACCGUUUGCCAAGAAUGCACGGAUUUCCAUUUUCCUGGAAUCCAAGAACAACUUGAAAUUGUCCAGAAGGUUGUACUUAAGGCCAGAGCACAGCGUAGCAGCAAGACAAAAAGACACCACGAAARCAAAAUCAGUGGAAAUGAAGAUAAGUUAAAGACUAUCGAACGAAACCAGUCCAACAUUUUGCCGGGGGAGUUCUACAUCACACGGCACUCCAACCUGUCAGAAAUCCACGUUGCCUUUCACCUGUGUGUGGAUGACAAUGUCAGAUCUGUCAGUGUGACUGCUCGGGACCCUGCCAUCAUGGGGCUCAGGAACAUCCUCAAGGUCUGCUGCACACACGACAUCACCACCAUCAGCAUUCCCCUCCUGCUGGUGCAUGAAAUGUCUGAAGAGAUGACCAUYCCAUGGUGCCUGAAGAGGGCAGAGCUUGUGUUCAAGUGCGUCAAAGGUUUCAUGAUGGAAAUGGCCUCGUGGGAUGGAGGAAUUUCUCGGACUGUACAAUUCCUGGUUCCACAGACCAUUUCUGAGGAAAUGUUYUACCAGCUGAGUAACAUGCUGCCACAGAUCUUCAGAGUAUCCUCUACACUGACUCUGACCUCCAAGCACUGAUUUCUGUGGAGCACUGAUGUGGAUCCUGUUGACUGAGGAUGAGAUUAGGAGAUUCUGGACCAGGGCAUCCCUUUCCUGCGGAUUGAUACCCCUGAAGUGGCAUUUGUUACAAUUUCAAGAAUCGUGUUGUCAUAAUAAAAGAUAAAUGCUGUGUGUA